UUUAACGCUUACAACGCUUGAGGAAUCAAUUGGACAUGUGGACAGCUAUAUAUAGGUUAACCACAAAGAAGAGAAGUAUUCUAUUCUAGGGCGUUUAUGAAGAUGCGAUUAAAUUACUACAAAGUGCUCGGCUGCAGUAAGGACUCCACUCAGGAGGAGAUUAAGCAUGCUUAUCAUCGACGCAUAUUACAAUUUCAUCCCGAUAAGAAUGAUGCCGUGGAUAUCCAACAGUUUCAUGACGUCAAGGAAGCCUGGCGAGUGCUCGGACAUCCACAGUGCAGAAAAAAAUAUGAUGCAGCCUGCAAACAGGAACAGUUAGAGGAAGAAGAUAGUCCUGUAUACGCGCGUCUCACGCCGCACGAACUUGAAGAAUCUGCUCUUAAGGACACAUUGUUUUACCGCUGCAGGUGCGGUGAAAAUUACUUCAUUGAACGAGAAGCUCUUCGGGAAAAAAACACUAUGCUCCAAGUGAUUUGCGACGGUUGUACGCUUAUUAUCAUUGUUGAAACAUAGCACAUUGAUAUUAGUUUAUACAAUAAAAUACAACCUUUGACUUUUUUUAAAGCCUGUAAAAUGUGAUUGAACAUUAUUUAUGUAAGAUAAUAAAAUAAAAUGCGCUUUCGCUUCAUAAUAUAGUAUGACAAGAUAAUACUCACAAUAUAUAGAA